AUGGGUCUGGUGCGUAGGCGAGGAUAUGUCUUGCGCGAGAAGAAAGUCGCGAUUCGAGGGGAGUUCGAGCGGAAGCCCCUCGUUUUGGUAUUGGCGUUCAUCGGCGUCAGCGGAAUACUCAACCACUUCAAUACAGAUGACCGUGUCGACGGCGCUCAAGUGCACGUCAACAUCGUGGAUCCUGGUGGGCCGUCUGACGGAGAGGCGCUAGAACCUAUUGAUCUGGAUGUGGUGAAGAAGCGAAGGGUCAGCGAUGACGAGGGAAAGCUGCUGCCGGGCUCCUACAAGGCGGUUCCUGAUGAGGAGGACGACCAGGAUAAGCGGGAAGUGCAACGCAAAAAUCACAUAUUGAACGCCAUCGGAGGAGGACCAAUCCGUCAUGCAGAGUUCGGCACAUAUGCAGUCGACGAGAUGCGCUCGAACACGACAACGACAUUUCGCCCAACGACGAUUGAAAAGGACAUCCACGACAAAAUUGGCCACCCAGAUCAUCAAGGUAAGGAUUCACAACGCAUUCUUGAAUACGAACAGCAGGCCCGUGGUGCCGAACUGCGGCUGUGGACGCCACCAGUGCUUCGAGGCGCAUAUGAUUUUGGGUUUCGCAUUCGGGGACUGUCGAUAAUGCACUUUUUAGGACCUUCUCGGUCGGCUUUGAUGAAGGGCGAAGUGCCGUCAGUGAACAUGACGGACUUCUCUCGAAAGAAUUGUAUCCAGCCGGCUACGAAGGAUCCAUCUUACGAUAACCUAAAGGAAGCAUUGAGAAACCUUCGCCAGUUUGGAGGCGGCAUUUACAACGAGAGUACAGUGGACUUCAUUCGCGCGAUUGAGCACUUCGUAGAGAGCUUUGGUAAUACUGGUGUGCCUGACGGCGGCCUGAUCUCGGCGAUGCGAAUAAAGGACGAUCUGUCGCUCCAUGACCCCCUACCAGCCGAGCUCCUGUACGAUGAGCAGAAGACGAUGAUAGCCACGCUCAAGGCGCAGCUGGAGGUUAAGCCUACGAGCAACGCGCAGCCUUACUCAGGCAGCAAGUGUUUCUCCACUAAGCGGGCUCAUUUCCGACCUAAGACGCUGCCUGAACCUGUGAAGCAGCACAUUAUCAAGAAUUUCGGAGGUUUGGCGCCCGAGGUCGCGGACCUCUGA